CGUAAGACAACACCCUCUUGUCCAAAGAAACACAUAAUUUUCUUACAGAACAAGUCUCUGUCUUUUGCAAACUUUUUUUGACGAAAACAAAAAGAAAAAUGGAAGGGAGUAGAAGAACAGAACAAGUUGUGUUAUUGCAUAGCUUGAAAAGAUUGAUCGUCUCUUUUGUUUGUUGUCUUCCAGUGUCUCUUGUCGGUCUUCUUACGAUGCUUCUCUUAAUCUACAACAGUUUCUCUGUCUUCUCUCUUCAUCUUGAUCCAAUCCCACCAAUUAAACCCACUCCUUCACUUAAUCAACCCCAAGUUCUUCAACAUCAUACAUCAUCAGCAGCACCACUAGCAUCAUCAUCUAAGCCUGAUUCUUCGUUGUUGCUUGCGGUAAAAGAAACCACUUUAGGGUUCGCACAGAAGCAGAAAGUUUCCUCUAUCAAGACAGAGAAAAGAGACGAGUUAACCCCCGCGACGAGACAGAAGCCACAAGGAAAAACAAGACAGAGAUUCAAGACGAGGAUCAACUCAUUCUUGUCCAAAUCCUCAUGCGAGUCUCUGUUCUUCAUGACUUGGAUCUCAAGCCUCGAAUCUUUUGGUGUUAGAGAACGGUUCACCGUAGAGAGUCUCUUCAAAUCUCACCCAAACAGCUGCUUGAUCUUGGUAUCAAACUCACUUGACUGUGAGAGAGGAACACUAAUCUUGAAACCCUUUACGGACAAAGGGCUUAAGGUGCUUGCCAUUAAACCAGACUUCGCUUACAUCUUCAAAGACACAUCAGCAGAGAAAUGGUUUGAAAGAUUAAAGAAAGGAAUGUUCAGUCCAGGAGUGAUUCCAAUAGAGCAGAACCUCUCUAACCUUCUAAGAUUAGUCUUGCUCUACAAAUACGGAGGAAUCUACUUAGACACCGACUUCAUAGUCCUCAAAUCUCUCACCAAUCUCCACAACGUAAUCGGAGCACAAGCAGUUGAUCCCGUUACUAAACAAUGGAGCAGGCUUAACAACGCGGUGCUCAUCUUUGACAAGAACCAUCCUCUUCUUGAAAGGUUUAUCAACGAGUUCUCAGUAGCCUUCAACGGUAACAAAUGGGGUCACAACGGUCCAUACUUAGUAUCAAGAGUCGUUGCAAGAAUCAAUACUUCUUCAUCAUCAUCGGAGGAUUUGGGAUUCUCUGUUCUUCCACCAUCUGCGUUUUAUCCUGCGGAUUGGACUAGAAUCAGGAGAUUUUACAGAGCGUCUGGGAAUGAGAGCGAGGUGAAUUGUUCAAGGAAGAGGCUUACGCAAUUGCGUAAACAUAGCUUUGCUGUUCAUCUUUGGAACAGAGAGAGUAAGAAGCUUAGGAUUGAAGAAGGAAGCAUCAUUCACCAACUCAUCUCUGUUUCUUGCAUCUUUUGUAACUCUUCUUCUUUCACGUUUUAGUUAUUAAAAAGGCGUGUAAAGUAAGUUCUUUACAAGAGAAGGGACACAAACAAAAUCUUGAAGAACAACAAGAAGUAAUAAAACGACAAAAAACACAACAACUUAGUACUUGAAUCUAUUUCUCAUAUACAAGCAAGCACACAUCUAACCCAUAUAAUAUGAUUGAUCACAACAAGCAACAAUGGCCUAAUACAUUAAAGUAUAAUACAAGUAUAAACAACAAAGCUCUGCAAUCAGAGAGAUGGGAAUCAAUGUUUAGUCUAGGUCUACAUUGCAUAAUACAUCUAUGUCCAGUAGAAGCUUAGAUGAAAUUCUUAAAAUCAUAUCAAGAAUCUGUAAGAAGAGAAGAUGACAAUCUUGUUACCAGGUGGUUAUAAAGAGAAGAAUAGCACAUGAUCUAGACCCACUUGGUGUCAAGGCUCUUCCACAGCAUAAACAUCGGCUCGCUACCAUUAUGAAGAGCUGACUAGCUAAUAAGAGCAAGAAAGAACCUAUUCCGAGACCCGUUGCUAUAUCCUUCUCAUACACACAGUAGCUUGAAUCUCUUGAUUCAUUAACAACUUGC